UAUUCCAAGAUUAGAUAUCCUUCCAACUGAAGUUGUUAUUUCCAUAUUUAAAUUCUUAUCAAUUGUUGAUAAAUGUCAAUUAUGUCAAGUUUGUAAGAGAUUUCGGUUAAUAAUUUAUAAUAAUCUGGAAUUUUGGAAGUACCUUGACUUAUCACCAUUCGGAGAACGUCUUUCGAAUCAAAAUCUAUUUAUUAUCGUAAAGACAAGAUGGAAAUCGAAUAUGGAAGGUCACAAACUUGAUCUUAGUGGAUGUCGAUUAAUAACUUCUUAUGCACUUGAAAAAUUAGUAGAGUUGCAUUCGAAUUUUCAAGAGAUUCAUUUAAAUGUUGAACCUCGUUAUGAUAAUUGGCGAAACGAGAUGAAACAUGAUUAUUGGAUAAAAGAAUUAUAUUAUAAGAAAAGUCCAACUUUCUUGAAAAAUGAUCGUCUAGGAUUAUAUCAAAGAUGGGAAAUUACGAAACCCUCUUAUAUAUGGCAAUGUUCAAAUAAAUCCAUUCAAACGAUUCUUACAGGAUCUUUUAAAACUCUAAAACAACUUUCACUUGGCAACCAAAUUCUACAUCGUGAAACUGCUACGAUGAUUUCUAAUUGUUCUCAACUGAUUCGAUUGGAUUUAAGUGGAACCAAUUUAGAUAAGGCAUCUCUACAAGACAUUUUACAAAGUGUAAUUCAAUUAGAAUCAUUGAAACUUUUAGAACUUGAAUUGUCUCCCAUGACUUUAAUGAUGAUUUCGCGAUUGACAAAUUUAGAACAAUUACAUCUUAGCGUACUUGACAAAAGAAAUAUUGCAGCAAAAACAAUUGCAGAUACGUUAAAAAAGUUGAGGAAAUUAAAAGAUUUUAGGAUGAACCAAGCGAUGAUUGGAGAAGCAGAUAAUAUAGUUAUCAAAGGGUUAUCAUGGAUCUAUUGUGAUGGACCGAUUGAAGAUCCAACAAAGAUUUUAGAAGAAAACAAAAUCAAGAAUGGAGUGGAACAAAAUAGGACACCACUUCAACAUCUUGAUCUUUCUCCUAAACUUGAUAUAUAUCCAAGAAGUCGAGAAAGAUCCAUGCAACUUGAGCAUUAUAUCACCAUAAGUAAUUCAUCUUUAUGGUCCUUGGCCGUUAAUCAUCCAUUUUUAAUUUCUCUGAGGUUAGUAAAUGCUUAUGCUAUUAGUGCUGAAGGUGUAGAUGGAUUAUUGUCAUCAUUACAAUGUUUGGAGGUUUUCGAAUUGAGAAGAUGGAGAGGGACAGAAUUAGAACCACUUCAAAAACUAACACCAACAUUUUGUCCUAAGUUGAGAGAAAUUGUAUUACAUGGAGUGGAAGUUGCAAAUUUCGAUGAAUGGAUUAAAGAAGGAGAAUGUCAAGAUGAAAAUUUAAUGAUAAAAAAUAAAAUUGGAUUUCAAAAUUUAGAAAUUUUGGAUUUAGUAGACGUUUUGAAAUUUUUUAAAUACCACAUUGAUAUUAUAAUUAAAAAUUGUGUAACCCUUCGUAAAGUGAGACUUGUACGCGUGGGAGAUGUUAAUUUUAAGGGUGAUGAGUGUAAGCUUUCACAUCUCGAUAGUAUUAUAAAUGAUUCAGGAUGGAUGGAUGUCUAA